GCAGAGCCCAGUAUUUAUUCAGGAGUCUGCUGCUAUGGAGCUCAUUCAGCAGUGUUUCACCCUGCUGGGACUACUUGUAUGCCUGCGAAUCACACUGCAAUGUUUGGCAUUUUCAAAGUACCUGUUUCCGCAUCUUUGGCGUGCAGUGCCAGCAUCUUUUUUUCAGUCAAUGGGAGAAUGGGCAGUUGUGACUGGGGCUGGAGAUGGUAUCGGUAAAGCGUAUUCAAUUGAGUUGGCAAAUCGUGGCAUGAAUAUUGUGAUGAUCAGCCGAACCCUUGAAAAAAUGCAGAAAGUUGCCUUAGAAAUUGUGCAGACUACAGGAAGAAAUGUUAAAAUCAUACAAGCUGACUUCACAAAAAAUAAAAUCUAUGAGAGUAUCGAAGAAAGUUUGAAAGAACUGGAGAUUGGAGUUUUGGUAAACAAUGUAGGAAUGCUCCCAAGUCCUCAUCCAGGCCAAUUUCUGACCGGACCAGACAACGAUGAGAAUCUGAUAAAUUGCAAUGUCACUUCUGCAGUUAAGAUGACAAGAAUAAUAUUAAAACAAAUGAAAGAAAGGAGAAAGGGUCUUAUUUUGAAUAUAUCCUCUGCUGUUGGUAGAUUUCCUUGUCCACUGUAUACUCUCUAUUCUGCUUCCAAAGCAUUUGUUACAACUUUUUCCAAAGCGCUCCAAGCUGAGUAUAAAUCAAAAGGAAUUAUUAUACAGGCCGUUACUCCUUAUGGUGUUUCCACGCCAAUGAUACAUAAUCCAUCAACAAAUAUCAUAACAAAAUCUUCAAGGGACUUUGUAAGAGAGUCGCUAAAUCAUGUUACACAAGGAAAUGAGACAUAUGGCUGUACGGCACACGCAGUUUUGGGAUGUAUUAUGAACCAAAUUCCCCUAUGGGUGAUCCAUAGUACUAAAGUACAAGAAUAUAUCCUGCACGACUUAAACAGCAAACUCAAGAAAAAAUAGAUCAAUUGGUCUUAAUGGAUGGUACCAUGGAGGAAAUACUUUGUAUGUGAUGCAAAGUGUCAUUGUUAUGAAUUGUGAUAUGUACUGUACUUAGUAGACAGUGAUGUUACAGAAGUUGAGCGCAUUGAAAUCAUGAAGGAUAUGUAGCUUGAAUAAAUUCAAA